GGAAGAGCUUGAGCUAUAGCGUGAUCCAACAGCUACUACACGCAUGGUGGUCUACCGGAGCGAAAAAUUUUGCGCCCCAACGGUCACCCAUGUUAAGAGUAGUCGAUCAUUAUUUCGCGUGGAGUCCGCCGAAGGAAUUCCGCUUAGUUUCUUAAAAGAAUUAAGAGAAAAACUUUAUAACUUGAGGUGGAAUCACUUUCACUCUUCAACAACCACGAACAACAAUGAUCCGAGCGACACUUCUAAGCAUGGGCAAUGACGAGGUAGAGAAUUUCGAUGACGAAACUAACCACGACGAGCAAAGGGAGUCUGAUCAGGCGGGUCAAAGAUCAAGCUUUGGUGCACCCUUUUUGGAUGCCAAAAACCUCUACAGAUCUGCAUACAAAAGUGACGAGCGAAGAAGUAUCCUUUCACUUCCAGCCAAGAAGGGGGAAGAGUCAGCAACAGAGGCCGCUUCGCAGUGGGAGGAAUAUCAGCAGACCCACUUCACUUGGCUGGAAUUUUGCUUGCAUCAGCUGUGGCGAUCCGAGCUGUUUUUACGUCGCAGCAAGCAUGGCCUUCUUCAAGCGGGAGUACUUGCACGCGAUUCGGAUAUCCUUCCAGUCUUGCUGAAGAUGAUUCAGGACGCACUCGGGGUAGCCGACGACGAAAGUGAGUCUGCAUCUGGGACUGGAUCUGGCACGCGUCAAGCAGGGGAACAAGCGUACGAGUCGUGCAGAGAAGUAGCGAAUAGCGCACGCUCUUGGUUGCAGAACCAGAAUCUUCAGCACAACGCGGACGGCGCAGCCAAGCCCGAACCUACCUUUCAAAAAUUGAUGAAAGAGGAGCCCAAUGGUAAACCACAUCGAUGGGUGAGCCCGUUUGCCAGGUGCGCUCUGUUGGCAUUUUUCAAGUCUCGCUUUCAGUCGACUGUUUUCCGAUUACACGCGUCGACGAUGGAGCAAAAUAAUGCAGGAGCGGCAAAAGAUGAGCAUGACGGUGCGGCAAAUGAUGGACAGGGUGCGGGAGUAGACACCGAGAGCAAUCGCGCUGUCCGUGUUAGCUUGGAGGGUGUCGUGCUCCCCGAUUCUUCCUUCUUCUCCGCCUCGCCGAACAGCGUUCCAUCAUCGGCGAAAACCGCAGCCGAUGAUUGCUUGCAGAUCGUAUGGGAAAUGAUCACGGUGGCGAGGUCCAGGCAGGAUAUUUACGACGAAAAGACGAGAGAACAGAGCCCCGAAGCGUGGCAGAAGCAAGACCACAAAGUCCCGUUGCUUUUGAUAUCAACUGUGUUACCAAGAGAGUAUCACUUCCUGCAUUCUUUGGUUUCUGAAAGCGUAUUGGGGUUCGCAGUCGGUGCCAAAGGUCUCUACUUUUGGGUGGACCUCUUCAACAUUGUGCAUGACGUGGAGCACAAGCGUUCAGCGUUCGCAGAGGACGAGUCCAGUGAAGUCUUUGGCGAAAGUAGAGCACUCAUUUUAAGGCUUCCGAACAUCCAUAUUGGUCGGUAUCCUAGUGCCAUCCCAGAAUUGGGGGAGUAGGUCUAUGAAGCCGUUGUAGAUGAGUAGUUUGGGGAAGAUCUAAGAUUUCGGUUUGAGAAGAUCUCUGCAAAGGAAGCUACCCAUGAUCGUUUCUUGCUGUUCUAUGGCGACGGGGUGUGGCGCGCAGACCCAGAGGGCCUCGUUCGAUUCUUGCGCAGUAGAACAGAGAGUAAGCAGCAUUUUCGUGUCCUUCGCCAGAUAUGAGAAGUUAUACUUUUUCUCAGGUCAGUCAUCGUCAUACAACUUGUUUCCCAACUUGAACUUUUUACAUUCAUGCAUGUUAGGUCGGCUCCACCACAAUUCAUGCAUGAGACUAGUAAAAGAGAACCCACUCCUCCCACGACCAGUCUCUCGAUGAAGAAUCGAUGGCUCCCUUUGUCAUUUGAGUCCGUGAACGUCUUCGCAGCUUUUGAAAGGAUAAUUUUAGAAGCGGCGGCGAAGAGUGGUGCGCCGCAAACGCUGAAGGAAGCGGGUGUUGGUCAUCGCAAAUUCAUGGAACAUCCGCUGGUGGCCGGCAUCCUUUCCCUUUUUGAAAAUCAGGAGGAGGCUCCAUCGUGGUCGUUGUCCUCGUCGUCGUCCACCUCGUCCACCUUGUACGCUGUGUACCGGAAGACGUAUUCAGAUUGGUACACUGCAUGGCUGCUGAGCUUGUUUGGUCUUGGGGGCGACGAAGUGGCGGUGAAGAAGUUCUACGAUGAUCGAUUAAGCCGUCGUUGGCCUUGGUGGGCGACCUUCAGAAAGCUGUCAGCACGCAUCUCGAACUGGUUUUUAUGACAGGAAAAGGCUCUUUUCGUUCCACUGUGAAUAUCAUGUAAAAACAAGCAUGCAAAUGGAUGUAGUUUCAGUGAAUAAGCAGUACCUGGACCACUGGCGACAGUCCCAUUACUUCGCAGACAGGAUUCAUCGCGUCAGGUCUGUACUCAGGAGCAUAUUCUUCUUCUAAAGUAGACGGGUGACAGGGCAUUCGCAGACAUGGAAGGGGGUUUUGAUACAAAGGCUGAAGAAGUUGGUGCUGGGAUAAACGAUUUGUCCGCGAAGGCUGGUCGCACGAAGAUUGAGGUGGACACCGCCAUCGAAUUUGACGCCUCGCAGGAGCCGCAAGUCGCACGAUCAGCAGUGUUGAAGGUGAACAUCCAGCACGGUUCUGAUUUAAGGCUUGUUCUGAUCCAUGCCCUCAGUAAGUGUGGUGCUGUUCCAAUAAUUUUCUAGAAAUCUUCUCAUAUGUUAAAUGCAGAUAUGUUGAUGUUGUUGGGCUUGGGGUUCCAUCUUCUCCGCAUAUAACUCAUUACAUAUAAUCACGAUGCUAUGAUUGUAAUGCAGCAAGAUCACCCUGUCCUAAUUCAUCUUGUACAAGUGUAUAUUUUAUAUUUGAUUGAAUUUCUCGCAUAAGGACAAUAAAGAGAUGCUUCACCUUCGCUCACGAUGAGGUCUAACGAAUGUUGCCUUGCGGUUUCAGGAGUGUGACGAAGCGCACCGAGUAUCUGAGGAACCGAAAACCGGAGCAGAUGUUUCGAGCCCGUCCACGAGCCGUCCUCUAGUUUCGAGUGCCUGUGGCUUACAAGAAGAAGUGCGCCAAGAUGUUGAACGUGAGCCAAAAGCGGUUCAUGAACCUCCUCCGCCUUCGAAUUACGAAACUGUACAAGUCGAGACGAUAGACGGAGAUGAGGUAGUCAACGCUAUCGCGUUUCUUGCAAUCCAGUCCAAUGAUAAGGGUAGAGAAACCGCGCAAAAGAUUCAGGCCUUAGUAAAGGGUGCCAUGGAUUCUCUCUCCAAAGUUUCACAAGACGGACUAGAAGCUACAGGCGGCGUCGACGGUUUUGGGGAACUUCUCUUAAGGAGGAUAGAAUUCUCUUAAUUCAUAUCUGUGUCCAUUCUUAUUUCCCUACCCGUUCACGGCGUUUUUCUGAAAAAAUCAAGAAAGAUGAAUCACGGAGAGGUCUAAUUUUGGCCAAGACAGUAGACAAGAUUACAGAUGCCCUGACAUCCCUCGGAGGGGAGAAAGCAAAGGACUUCACAUCGCCAAGCCAUGAGGAUGGAAUUGACGUCGCCGUGGACAGUAAGGAAAUGGAAUGAAAAUUAUUCAAUGGCGUCGAACUAGAAUAAUAUGCUCACAUCAAUAUUUCUAUGUCAUUGUUACAUUUAGUUUUGUUUCUGCUUGCGUGUACAAUUCGACCCCAAGAAGGCUCAGAGACUGGCGAAGAGCCGCUUUUCUGCUCCUGCCUAAGAGGCCGCCUAGUUUUUUUUUUGACAAGUUAAAGUUUUUUUCUUUUCUCGAAAGAUGCGCUCCUUGAUGUAGUAUUCAUGGGUAUUCACGUAAAAUAGUAGAGGUGAUUUCUCUACAACUACCAAGCAACUUACUAUCAGAUACAGUACUAUUAUGAAUGUGUAGCAGCUGUACUACUAUUUCUUUUGCAGCAUGAUCAUCAUUCUCUGUACAGGACGAAGUUCUCCUAUGCAUAAAGUGUAAGAACUGACAAGAUACCAGCGAUGGAUUGGCAGAUCAGUGAAAGGUUUUCAUGAUAGGUAUGUUAGCUCGAAUUGAAGUUAUGGCUUUCGAGGAAAGCGAAGCUUUUCGUUUAAGCAGGACUGAGCGAGUGAGUCGGUGAGAACUUCCCAUCAUCCCAGCAGGGGGCCGCGCAUCCUACACGCGGGCACUCGUCCACUCUCCAAGCUCCUUCCGUCCAUUCCCCAGGCUCCAUUCAACCAAUCGCAAAGCUCCAUUCAACCAUACGAGUUUCUUUCUUCUCCCACCCACCCUCUCCAAGCUCGAACCAUUCCACGUCCUCAUUCCACACUCGGCCUACGGCGGACAGCGGGUUAGUUCUCACCAUCAGCAUAGCCUCUUUUGUGAGUGCGCAAGACUCGCCACCUCUGUCCGUCGAAUAGGCUAGUCUGGAAUGCUGGUCAGCGGGCAACGUAUCUUUCUCUAAUUAUAAUAUGAGCGAGCUUCAAUAGGAUUUUUUUCAGAGUCCGGAUGCUUUUCGUCCCAAUAACAUCAUACAACAAAGAAACCUUGAUACUUCUAAUAUGAUUAAUUUGUUCUACCACGAACGUAGACAUUUUGUAGAGGAGCGUGAUCGGUCCAAGACUUUCUCCUUGCUUGCUUUUGGAAUUGUGCUAUCAAUAUUUUUCAGGAAAAUUAGAAGCUUGAAGUACAAUGCUAUGCUUGUCACCAUCACUCAAGAAAAAGAAACCGUCGUUGGUUAGCCAGUAGAGCAAAAAAAAAGUCUCAUGUCGGUGCGGGUGCAUAUCGAUGCUGCGCCAAUGACGGGCGGGGGG